AUGCGUUUCUCACUACAAUCCCUGAUCUUCGCCUUGGUCGCCGUGCUUGCCUUGUUCUCCAGUGCAGCCAGUAGCCAGGAAUUCUCACCGAAAGAGCUGCAACUGCUGCAGAUUCUCAGCCGGAACCGGCGGCUGGCAUCGGAAGCAACCGAGGGGCGUUGGAAGCGCGGCGAUUUGGAACGUUUCCGCACGUCAAUGGAGAUCCUGAACCGGAACCGCUGCUUCUUUAACCCCAUCUCGUGC